UUUAUUUAAAUUUGUAUGUAGAUCACAUCUUCUCGACCCUAAUUGGGUGACCCAAAUUUAUUUUUAAAUUCUUACAAAAAAAGUCCGAAAAACCUUCGGUCAAACUCAAAAAUUAUUAAUACUCUUUGUGUAUCUUUAAAGGGUGGUCUUAUUACUUCUUAGUCUUGCUACUUCUUUACUAAUAUACUACUACUUCAACAGUUCUAAUCACUUAUUUUGUCUCUAUUCAUAAAUUUCACUCAAUUUCCUGGAAACACGAAUGAAAAUACGCUAAAAACUUUAUUUAUAAAGCCUUAAUCAGAUCAUGGAUAAUAUGCAAAACGACAUGGAUGUACAAAAAGCAGAAGGCAUGAGAUUAGAAGAUGAGACAAUGGCAUUAGCACAUAAUAUUCAUCAGAAACUACCAGAGAAUGAUGGUUUGGAUCUUCCCAAUUCUGAUAAUCAUGCUCCUAAAUCUAGAAAAAAGGGUGGUCUUAUUACCAUGCCUUUUAUUAUUGUGAAUGAGGCAUUUGAGAAGGUAGCAAGUUAUGGAAUAUUACCCAAUAUGAUAUUUUACUUGUUGAAUGUUUAUCACUUAGAAGCAUCAAAGGGAGUUAUCAUAUUAUCACUUUGGUCCGCUCUUUCCAAUGUUCUUGCUCUUUUUGGUGGUUUUCUCUCUGAUUCUUACUUGGGUCGUUUCCGGGUCAUUGCUUUUGGGACUCUUUGCAGUCUUGCGGGAACAAGCCUACUUUGGUUAACUUCAAUAAUCCCAUGGAUGAAGCCUCCACCAUGUGAUCAAAAGGCAGGCCAAACCUGUCACCCGGCAACACCAGCUCAAUACCUAGUUUUGUAUGCAUCAUUUGGUUUAAUCUCAAUUGGGGCUGGUUGUGUAAGACCAUGUUCCAUUGCAUUUGGGGCAGAUCAAGUCAAUAACAAGGAUAAUCCCAAUAAUGAAAGGGUUUUAGACAGUUUUUUCAAUUGGUAUUAUGCUUCAACAGGAUUAUCUACCAUUGUGGCAUUAACACUUAUUGUGUUUAUACAAGAUAAAUUUGGUUGGCCUAUUGGGUUUGGUGUGCCAGCAAUUCUUAUGAUCCUUUCUCUAAUGUUCUUCCUGUUCGGUUCGCCGUUGUAUGUUCAUGUUAAAGCCAAGGAGAAGUUGUUUGUUGGUAUGUUUCAAGUGCCUGUUGCCGCGUUUAGGAAAAGGAAAGCUAGUCUUCCUCCUCUUGAGGCUCAAGAUAUGUACUUCCGAGGAGAAGGGCCUGAUACCGUUGUUCUAAGUGACAAAUUAAGGUGUUUGAACAAAGCAUGUGUAAUAGUAGAUCGAGAACAAGACAUAAGACCAGAUGGAUCACCAACAAAUUCAUGGAGACUAUGCACAAUUGAAAGAGUAGAAACUCUUAAAUCCAUCUUAAGAAUCAUGCCAAUGUGGACUACAGGAAUCAUGAUGUUAGUAGCCUUAAACAAUAGUUACACAACUCUCCAAGCCAAAACCAUGGACCGUCAUAUAACAUCUAAUUUCGAAAUCCCUGCAGGUUCAUUUAACGUAUUUUCAAUAUUAACCAUUACAUUUUGGGUAGCUUUUUACGACCGAGCCCUCGUGCCACUUCUAGCAAAAUUUUUCGGCCUGCCACGAGGGCUCGGACCUAAAACCCGAAUGGGAAUCGGGUUAUUCAUAUCUUGUAUAGCGAUGUCAGUCGCUGGGGUAGUUGAAGCAAUUAGACGUAGAGCGGCGAUUAACCAAGGAUUAGGAAAUAAUCCUAAAGGCGUUGUGAAUAUGUCCGCAAUGUGGUUAGUACCACAACUUGUGUUACUAGGUCUUGCCGAAGGGUUUAAUGCCGUGGGACAAAUCGAAUUUUAUUACACACAUCUUUCUAAGAGUAUGUCGAGUCUUGCCAUGGCGAUUUUUACGUUAGGAAUGGCGAUAUCAAGUUUAGUAGGAAGUGUAUUGAUUGAGAUUGUUGAUGCGAGUACGGGUACAAAGGGGAAAACUAGUUGGUUAGCUACUAAUCUUAAUAAGGGUCAUGUUGAUUAUUAUUAUUGGUUAGUUGCUUUUCUUUGUGCUAUUAAUUAUAUUUAUUUUCUUGUUUGUUGUAAAAUUUAUGGCCCAUCUGAGAGUCAUAUGAGAAAGAAGUCUGAUGAUGUUGUAGGAGAGAAUAUAGCUUGAGUUUUGUACUCCCAUAGGUCAUUUAUUUCUCAUUUUUGGCACUUUAUGUGUUACUAUACACUUGUAUGACUAUUUGUUUGUAUUUAUAUACUUUUUUGUAAUUUCAUUUGAGAUAUUAUUAACUAU